UCAGCUACUUCUCGAUGUACAGUGAGUCAAAGCUGACAACUUGCUGCUCUUUUCGGAGUGUUUAGUUUUUCCUGCCUACGUUUUUUUCGGAGCGUUUCACAGCUUUCCAGUUAGUAAAGUUUUAUUCGGAUACUGUGGGCAUUAUGUCAGUGAACUGCCAAGCAGUCAUCCAGGUACCAGGGCAGCGUGGUGCGUUCAGGGGCUAGCUGGCCUGCUGUACCCCCUUUUUAAAGGGCAGCAGCUGCACUGACUGCUGGGAUGCUGAGGAAGAGCAGCAGCAGCAGCGGUGGCGGCGGCGGCGGCACAAAGCACACGCAGGGACUUCCACGACAGUUCUCCACGACCCACGCGGAAUCUCUGUCGCCCGGAUCGGCCAAGACCCUGGAUAUGGGUCGCAGCUCCAAGAACCCCAACCCCCUGAGCAGCAUGGGGCUCACGUCCCGCCUGAUGGGGGCCCCGGGAGUGGACCCCGAGUACGUGAUGCAGCUGGUGAACGACGUGCGGAGCUUUGCCGAGGUGCUUAUCAACCUCAAGGAUGCGUUCCAGUUUAAAGAGAAUCUGGAAGGUCUUCAAGAGAUGGUGCAGGAGCGUUUGGCAGAGCUAAUCCGCAUCCUUAAGGUCGUCAUUGGGAAACACCAGACUCUCAACUCGGCCGACAUCCUCGGAGCAGCUGGCACGGUCAUUGCUAAGGUCAAAGGCGUUAACUUCAAGGAAGUGAACCCAGCAAACAAAAAAGCUAUAUUUGGCGAGAUACACACAUCCAUUGACGCUUUGGCAUUCACAUUCGGCAAUGUAGUUUCUGACUUCCUUAUGGGAGAUGUGGACAGCAGCUCAGGGUUGGGGAUCCCCCACACCGGGAGAAGCAGGUCUUUUGACAACCUCUCUGUGGAUCAUGAAGGAUAUGUUUCAGAGAAAAGUGAUCUCGUUGGCUCAGAGGUGUCACUGUCACGGGAAGAAGAGGUUGACUUGACCCUGCUUAAGAAUGACAGCGGGGUGGAGUCUGCGCUGCUCUACGCUAAGGCCUGGUCCAAGUACAUCAAGGACCUUUUGGCCUGGAUGGAGAAACGACUGGCCCUGGAUGUUGAGUAUGCCAAAAACUAUUCCAAAAUGGCCGAGUCUGCAAAGGCGCUUGCCAGUCAACAGGACUACAUGCCGUUCAGUGAUAUCUACAUCUCCACAUUCAAGAACGACAUUGAGUACAACCAGCUGCUUUUGCAAACCGCAGUGGCCCUUCAAACAAAUAAAUUCAUACAGCCUCUUCUGGCACGCAAGACUGAACUGGACAAGCUGAGAAAAGACAUCAAGGAGCAGUGGCAGAGAGAGCAAAAGAAGAUGCAAGAGGCAGACUCAACCUUGCGUAAGGCACGAGCGCUGAAGACCCAGAGGAGGGAUGAGUACCAGAAAGCCCAAUCGUCCACAAGCCGCUCCCAGGAGGAGCAGCCUGCUGGUGGAAACAAACAACUGGAGAAGAAAAGGAGGCUAGAGGAGGAGGCUCUUCAGAAGGCGGAGGAGGCGCAGGACCAGUACCAGACCUGCAUGACUGACGCAGGCGUCAGAAGAAUGGAUCUGGUCAACGCUAAGAGAACCAUCCUCACUCAGAUCCGGGAGAUGAUCUUCCAGUGUGACCUCACGCUCAAAGCUGUGACGGUGAACUGGUUUCAGAUGCAGCAGUCACAGACUGUGUCACUUCCUGCUCACUACCAGGCCCUGAGUGACGGCGCCAAGUUGUAUGAGCCAGGCGAAUGCUAUGCUGAGUUUGCCCGGAACCUACCCAAACAUCUGCCCAAAGAGCGCCUCCACUCAGAUUCCAUCUCCUCCGACAGUUCCAGGUUUGUGUUCAACAAAAGGUCAGUGGGCAGCACUCAUUCCUCCCACGGCAACCUGUCGCAGGCAUCGAUCACCUCCGGUGACGUGUUGAGCGGAGAUGACGCGGACGGUUCCCUCCAUCGGCCCGCGAAGAUCAGCGAGCGGAGGUCCAACAGCAGCACGGACAUACAAGCACUGAGGAGCCAGGCCCCGCCGAGACCCUGGACCUCCAGCAGUCAGGGAAGCCAGGGUGGGAUGUGCAGCGACUCGGAGAGCGCCGGAGGCAGCAGCGAGUCGAGGUCCAUGGACUCCCCCACCGCCAGUCCAGGUGACUUCAAACGACGGCUGCCCAGAACUCCGUCCACUGGGACCAUGUCCUCUGCAGAUGAUCUGGAUGAGAGGGAGCCUCCGUCGCCCUCGGAUAAUGGUCUGGCGGAGAUGGUGACAGAGACGGCCAGUUCACCCGGGCCCUUCCGAAAUGCUCAGAUGUCCAAAGCCGCUCAAACCCAUAAGCUGAGAAAACUACGAGCUCCGUCUAAGUGCAGAGAGUGUGACAGUCUGGUCGUUUUCCACGGCGCUGAGUGUGAAGAGUGCUCCUUGGCCUGCCAUAAGAAGUGUCUGGAGACGCUUGCUAUCCAGUGUGGUCACAAAAAGCUGCAAGGCAGACUUCAGCUGUUUGGUAUCGAUUUCGCCCAAGCAGCAAAAAACAGCUCGGAUGGUAUCCCAUUUAUAAUCAAGAAGUGCACAUCUGAGAUUGAGAGCCGAGCCCUCAACAUCAAGGGCAUUUAUCGUGUGAAUGGUGCCAAAUCACGUGUGGAGAAACUGUGCCAGGCGUUUGAAAACGGGAAGGACUUGGUUGAGCUGUCUGAGCUCUCCCCUCACGACAUCAGCAACGUCCUCAAGCUCUACCUGAGACAGUUACCGGAGCCACUGAUCCAGUAUCGAUUCUACAACGACUUCAUCGGCCUGUCCAAAGAGUGCCAGAGGGUGAUAGUGGAGGAGAAUGAAGAAGCUCGGAGGACCCAGAGUGGAGAGAGAGCCGGUCCGAGCGUUCAGCUGAACAAAGUCAUUUUCAAGAUUAGAGACCUUCUCCGCCAGCUGCCUGCAGCCAACUACAGGACACUGCGCUACCUUAUCGCACAUCUGAACAGAGUCACUGAACAGGCCGAGGAGAACAAGAUGACUGCGAGUAACCUCGGCAUCAUCUUCGGCCCCACGUUGGUGAAGCCUCGGCAGGCGGACGCGGAGGUGUCCCUGUCCUCCUUGGUGGACUACCCCUACCAGGCUCUCAUGGUGGAGCAGCUGGUGCGACACUUCCAGACGGUGUUUGACGCGUCCGCUCUGCCCGGCUCCAACAUCGCCACCGCUGGCCAGGCUUCCCCCAGACUCACCCCGCAAGAGAAGGUGCAGCAGCUUAGCAGACACUCUACCUCCCUGAUGGAUAUCAAAGAGAGUGCCAAAGUGUACAAAAGAUACUCAUCAGUCAUCCCGUCCUCACACAUCCUGGAUGAGAUGCACGAGGUGCAGCCAGGAAGAAACCGAACAGAGGUCUCAGCGCUGGACAGGCUCAACGGGGUCCAGGCUCCUAGCGAAGGAGAAGUCCAGCGGUCGACCUUAGUGUUCGGCCGUCCCAGCACCACCGCCGCCCCCGCCGCCGCCCCCGCCGCCGCCCCCAACCCCGCCCCCACCACAGGACCACCGAAGGUCCAGCUCCGCGCCCAGCGCACCAGACACGUGUCUCGACCGAUCAGCAUGCCGCUGGAGCGCCUGCCUAACCCCGCUCAGAUCCUGGAGAGGAAUAAUCGAAACACUUCUGACAGCACCGACGGAAGCUCUGCCGGCCGGGACCCCGUCACCGAAACCAUCCAGGAGAUGCCGGAGCCAGAGAAAUCUCGCUCGUCCAGGGUCAGCACCUACUACAUCACCCCCUUUAUUGACACACAGACUAUGCAGAGGAGAACGUGGGACAGGAAAUACAAGCACUAUGAUGUUACGCCCAGGACUGCUAUGAUAAUGGCCAACUUGCCAUCUGCCAGCUCUGGAGUUACGCCCGUGAAGGCGACGAUGCCUGUCGCCGUCGGGCCGACUGUCUCUGCCUCAGCGGUCUCUGCCGCAAGUACUGUUAGCACCGUGUUCUCCAACAACCCAUACACAAUGUCAGUGAAGCCUGCCUGGACCUCUAAAAGGGAUAACGACUCGGAAAACUCAGCCACUGAGUCCAACACGUCCCCAAAGCUUCCGCUAACUCUCAGGGCACCGAGGACUCUGCAGCCUCCCCCCGGAACUUUCUACAAGCCCCCCGCUUCCGUCGCCAGCCGAGCCAGGACGCUUCCAAACUGGACUACCACCGUAACGACGGUCACCACGACCACCUCGUCGUCAUCAUCGCUCACCCCCACCCCCACCACCACCACCACAUCAUCAUCAUCAUCACUCUCCCUCACCAGCCCUCCUCAAGCAGCCUCUUCUUCCAGUCCUCUCACAAGCCCUAAUCCUGCAAAGCUCCAGGCACAGGACUCUAUUGACAGUGCUAUUGACCCCGGGGUGUCGACCUCCUCUACCCUUUCGCCCCCGCAGUCUCCUCCCCCCAGCAGCCCCGAUGACCUCAGCCCCGGCGAGACUAAGCCCGUCUACCAAAGACUGAGACCGCGGCGGCUGCAGGAGCUCGAACACAGAGAGGCUCAUUUUGUCUGACACCAAAAAAAAAUAAAAGAAAAACAUAUUAUAUCUGUAAAUAUUAAUGUAUCUGUGCCAUAAAGACUGUAUACUGGGAAUUUCUAUCAGCAAGCUGGGAGAAUGAGAGGAAAUGAUGUAGGCCUGUGAAAAUAAACCAUGAAAGUGUUCUAAGUACUAAUAUAUUUUCUAUUGUACAUGUUACCGUCUUAGUGUCAACAGUGGCUGGUCUGAGCAUUCAAAACAAGCAAAUACGAAAGGUUUGAUGCCAACAUCGAAUGUUUAGCGUCGCGUUUUUUAAAUACUCAUCGGAGAAUGUUUGCCAAUCACAACAUGGAUUUCUGGAGAACUGUGAGCCUAUCGCUUUGUUCAAUGUUUGAUCUGUUUAAAAAAUGAUAUUAUAUACACAAUGCACUUAAUGCAGGUUCAAAUUCUAAUGUUGCCUUUUUUUUUUUUUUAAUUUCUGUAUUUUAUUCCAUGUGGAAUAGACACAAGUGUUCUUAACAUGAGGUUCUUAAUUAUAAAGAAUUUUAUUACUGUGUCCAUUGUAGCCUGUGAUUGGUACAUCUCUUCUCAGUAUGUAAACCUUAUGUAUCUGUUUACGUUUUUUAUAUUCAUUCAUACAUACGCCGAGUUAAUUGGCACAGUAAAUUUUGCCUCAUCGCAUUAUUGUGACUAUACAGACGAAAGAUGACAUGCAACAGUUCUUGCUGCAAAUUAAAAAAAAAAAGUAUUUAA